AUACUUUCUGACGUCAUCCUGAAAAUUGUAUUAUUGAAAUUUAUUAACUCAUUUAUGUAAAGUUAUUCAGCAAUGUUUUUAUAUUAUAACAUUUUUAUAGCCCAGGUCUGUCCUCUGAAUCUAACAAUUCCACAAAAUGGCUUGCUGUCGUACACAAAUGAUAAUCAACCGGUUGUGUUCGUUUUAUGUUACGAAAACUAUGAUUUGCCGUAUGAAUUUAAUGGACUUAUCCUGUGCCUUGAUUCUGGAUUAUGGAGUACCGACGAAGUUCCAGAUUGCACAAGAACUCGUCGUCCAGGGCUCAACCUUUUGCCUGUUUCGUUUUACUACUCUGUAGAUUGUAACGCACAGACUGGCACAUCUAUUAAUGCGAUAAAAGACCAAAUAUUAGCUCUUCUAGAGGAUUAUAUUGGAACUGCCCUCGCACCUGAUUGUCUUGCUGGUUCAACGUGUAGUUACGAUGAUCUUGUAGUUCAAUGUGGUUCCACUAGCAAGAGAAAGAAAAGAGAUAUUAAUGAUUAUCGUUUUAAAAGAGAAGUAUCCGAACUAUUCGUCAAUUUUUCAUUGAUUAUCACCGGAACAGUUUCAAAUUGGGAUGAACUUUUGAUGUAUGAGGAUUUUCUAUUUCAAAUGUCUGAUCAGCUUAAAAAUGCUGUAUCUGCCGGACAGUUUGACUUGAACGAUCUUGCAGUUGUCCGAGGUUCUUUUUUCAGGGAGCAGAUUUCUAGUACUAAAUGUGAGGGAAGCGGUCAAGUACAAUCUGCUUUUAAAUGCAAAACAUGUGCUGCUGGUAUGUUUCUUGAAGAUGUUGACGGAGUAAAAGGUUGUAGGAAGUGUCCAAUUGGCACUUAUAUGGAAAAUGACGGUGCUUCAUCAUGCAUAUCAUGUCCACCCGGCACAAGUACAAAUAAAACUGGAUCUAAAUCAGCUGAUAUGUGUGUGGAACUUUGUCCCAUUGGCUUUUCAUCGUUGACUUUGGUAAAGCCGUGUACUCCUUGCGCCAUUGGCUUUUAUCAGGACGGUAUUGGUAAAGCUUUAUGUCAAAAAUGCGACUUUGGAAAAACAACAUUCAAAGUAGGAUCACAUAACUGCAGUCCGUAUGACAUUGUUCUCAGUUCACAAAGUUCAGAAGUAAUAGCAUCAGCAUUAAACACAACGGAUGUCAUGGAUGAAAUGACCGUACUAUUUUGGUUAUUCAGGAGAAGUGGGUCUAACUUUAGUUUACAUUUUGAGAACAACGUUGUAAUUGAAGUUUCUGGACAGAGCUUCAUCAUUUAUUGGAAUAGUUUAUCCAUUAUUGUACUGCUACCGGAAUCCUCAUUUGAUAUAUGGGCGCAUUUUGCUGUUUCAACAUCAAACACUACAGUUAAUUUCUACUACAAUGGUGACAUGAUUGAUUCCCAUGCGAUGGUCUCUCCAUUGACGUUACCAGCAAAUGCUUAUGUUGAACUAUUCACCAGCGGAGUAAACGGGUGA